GUUUUUUUUUUUUUUUUUUUUUUUUUUUUUUUUGGGUUUUUUCUAGAAAUGGUUCGACUGGUGCCGCUCGUUGCUCUGCUGCUCGUUCAGCUGCUGGCCGUGGCCGCGUCGGGCGUCGCUGCAGACAGUGACACGGCGCGCGUCGCAGUCAUGACAAUCACAUGGAAGCUCGCGUCGGGUGUCAGCAGCAACUACUCGCUCGCGCUCGAGGGCGUCUAUGGAACGUACGGACCCGAGAAGGCCAUCCCCGCAGUCCGACUGGUGCGCGGAAACCCCAUCAAUGGAUGCGCGGCGUUGCAGCCGCCGGCAGGCGCGACGUCUGGCUCGUGGGCGCCGCUCGUCCGACGAAGCGACGACGGCAACUGCUCGUUCUACGACAAGACGUACAAUGCGCAGCGAAACCAGGCCGCGGCCAUUCUGAUUAUGAACUACGAGGCAGACCGCAUUGUCGUGAUGGGCGGGCGCUUGAGCACCAGCAUCCCGUCGAUCGCCGUCAGCGGAAACGUCGGCAACCAGCUGCUCAACCUGCUCAGCGACCCUUCCGUGUCGGAGGUGACGAUGAGUGUCGAGCUCGGCGAGGAGCUCUCGCUCACGCUCGACAACAUUUUCUCCAAGCUCUUUUUCGAUGUGGCCAUCUUCUUUGUCGUAUUCUGCGCAGUCACCCUGUUUGUGUUUGGCGGCUACUACGUCCAGCGGCGACGCAUGCGCCGCGAGGCGGAGGCCUACCAAGAGUACAUGGAGUCGAUGGCUCGCCGAUACGUCCAGUCGUUGCCCACCAAGCCGUACGUCCGGCCGGCAGACAAGCCCCAAGGCGAAGAGGACGACUCGUGCGCUGUUUGCCUCGACGCCUUCGAGCCGGAGGUGGUUGUGCGCACCGUGCCCUGCGGCCAUUUCUUCCACGUUGACUGCAUCGACCCUUGGCUGAUUUCUCACCGUACCUGCCCUCUGUGCAAGGCCGAUAUCUGCCCUCCGGAAGCCGAGAUGCCGGAGCCUGGCUCUGUCCCGCCAGGCACAGUGGCUGUAGUGAUGGUUGACAUGUCCUCUGUCGACCCCAAUACCCGGCAUGAGCGCGUGCAAGCCAUUCGCCGCGCCCUUUCGAUGGACAGCAGCGAACCGCUCUCCACCGACAAUAGCUCAACAGCAAUUAUCUCGUCCUCUCGACGCGCUGUUUCUGCCAGCAUUUCUCGCGCUUCGUCCUCCGAUAGCCUUUCCUUGUCUUCCAGCGACAGCGACGCGCCAGAGGAUGCUCAUCUUAUGACUACGCCUCGGCAUGGACGUCGCAACUCGAGCUCUGCGUAAAAUGGGGUUUGGGUCCUGCAUGCCGUCUUUUUUUGUUCUCUUCUCUCCCCUACUCCCCUACUCCCCUCCCCCCCGAAACGUCAAGAAAGUAGCGGAGUAUUCCGUGCUCGAUUCAAUAUCCGUUGAUCGGACUCGAGUUGGCAGCUUGGUGGCUUGAUGUUUCUUUGUCUUGCCUCCCAGUCAAUGUUCUGCGGAUCUCUCUCUCUCUCUCUCUCUCUCUCUCUCUCUCUCUC